AUGCGUCGACAUUUCUCAAGAAUUGUUUCUUCAGAUAAGUCUUGUAAUAUUGAUUGUGCUGACAUAGUAGUCACGAUAUUAAAGUUUGACAACGACAACGAAUCGAUAAAUCCUUACAUCACCGACGGCGAUGAAUUAUUCGAUUAUGCACUAAAUCAUAUCGCUCAUCGAGCUGAUGCAUUUAACCCGUUUUCAAGUCGAUAUAAUCCGAGUACUCAGAAUGGAUAUGGUGGACAUACUGCGAGGUGGAGUCAUUCGCGUGCAAGAUCGAAUAAUGAGAUCGUGAGGAAUUUCUAUAAUGUAUAG